UGUUUAAAAAAAAAGAAUUAUCUUUUUUUUAGUUUGAACAAAACAAGAUUUGAAAGCGUCUGAAAAACAACAGGGAAUAUUUAGAAAAAUUUUUACCCAUCGCAAUUUAACUGUUUUGCAUAAAAUUUAAAAUGUCAUGCCCAAUUGGAAACGAAACACAGCAAAUAGAAUCCCAGGCGAAGAAUGAAGAAGCAAAACUAGAUUAUUCAAAAUACUUACAGCUUGAUACGUUGUUUUCAGCAAUGAACCUUCGAUCAAAAGUUCACGAUGAACAUUUGUUUAUAAUUAUACACCAAGCAUAUGAGCUUUGGUUUAAACAAGUUAUUUAUGAAAUUGAUUCAAUAAGAGAAAUCUUCAUGCAACCAAAAGUUGAUGAAAGUCAUAUGUUAAAAAUCAAUUCAAGACUUAAUCGGGUCAAUAAAAUAUUUACGGUAUUAGUAGAUCAAAUGAAAAUAUUGGAAACAAUGACGCCAUUAGAUUUUAUGGAUUUUAGAAAUGUUCUAGAAACGUCCUCUGGGUUCCAAAGUUGGCAAUUCAGAAUAAUUGAGAAUAAACUGGGUGUCAAAAAGGUUAACCGCAUUAAGCAUAAUAAAGCAGAUUACAGCGAAGCAUUGAAUGCUGAAUAUCGCAACUUGGUGGAGCUGUCUGAAAAAGAACCUUCAUUAUUUGCUCUUUUGGAAAAAUGGUUAGAAAGAACCCCAGGUUUAGAAGAUGAAAGUUUUGAUUUUAUUACUGAGUUUUCCAAAAGUUGCAAGCUUUGGUUUAAUCAGCAAAGAUUAGAGGCAGAAAAAGAAGACGAAGAAGCUCGUGAACUUCUAUUAAAUGCAAUUGCUAAGAGAGAAGAGGAAUAUGAAAAAAUUUCAGAUCCAGCAAAAUAUGAUGUGCUGUUAGCUAGAUGUGAGAUGUUUUUGUCAAGAAAAGCAGUUUUUGGAGCAUUGAUGAUAUCUUUUUAUAGAGAUGAAGUUAUUUUUCAUCAACCAUUUACUAUGCUUCACUUAUUGAUGGAUAUUGAUGUCUGCAUAAUGAAGUGGAGAAAUAACCAUGCACUUUUAGUCCAGAGGAUGUUGGGAUCAAAUUUAGGAAGCGGUGGUUCAUCAGGAUAUUCAUACCUUCGUGCUACUAUUAGUGACCGUUACAAAGCCUUUCAAGAUUUUUUCCUACUUUCAAACUUUGCUUUGCCUCGUCAAUAUAUACCUCAUUUACACAUAAAUACUCGAAAAAGAAUGAGUUCUGUAUCAAUGGAUAACUAGUAGAGGCUACAAUUUUGUUUUAUUUUUUCGCUGACGCAUGCUAGUAUUACAACUGUCAUUUCUUUGUAUGUAAUUAUAUAACAUUUAACAUAAAAUUUGUAAUGGAAAAAUGUAUUUAUGUUUACCUUCUUAUGUUAUUUUAUGUUUUUCUUUUAAAAGAAUAAUAUUAAAAAAUAAAAA